UUUCCGGUUUUGCUCCUGGAGCUUUCCCUUGUCUUCCGGAGGAGGAGGAGGAGGAGGAGGAGGAGAGAGAGAGAAAAAAAAAUUUCCAGAAAACAAUCCCAGAGAAAAGCCCGGGACGCGGGACAGAAACGGCGGUACCGAACGGAGCCAGACACGCAUAAACUCUGGAGGCUGUGGAUUUUGCCCUGCCUGUGAAUGAUGGUCCCAAACUGUGUGGCUUAUUUUCCCUCCAAGAGGGGCCUCUACCAUUUCUAACACCGGCAACCCCAGAGUUCAUUUUUUACAUAACCAAUGUGAAUGCGAAGCACCCAUGAGGACGGAGUCAGUUGAUUUGUUUCCUGGUGGUAAGGGGAUGGAUGGCUAGGAGAUCUGAAGACAGCAAUGCUUUUCAAUGACCACCUUUGACUAUACUUACGGUGUCAGUGUUGCCCACCAGGUUGGCGCAUUUAACAAAAGAGCUCUGGACUGACUUUGAUCAGCAGCGAGCAGUGGUCUGCUAUGGAAUCUGCUCGAACAAGCAGAGACCGAGAGAAGGAGAAAGUGGAAGAUACUCGACGACCUAAUAAGCAGACAACGCGGAGUCCCCAUGGCACUCGUCCUGGCUCAAACCAGUCAUCUGGCGUUCUUAUGGUUGGACCAAACUUCAGGGUUGGCAAAAAGAUUGGAUGUGGAAACUUUGGGGAGCUUCGACUAGGCAAAAAUCUCUACACAAAUGAAUACGUAGCAAUCAAACUGGAGCCCAUCAAGUCACGAGCACCACAACUUCAUUUAGAAUACAGGUUUUACAAGCAACUUGGGAGCUCAGCUGAAGGAGUUCCUCAAGUUUAUUACUUUGGACCAUGUAGUAAAUAUAAUGCCAUGGUGCUGGAGCUGCUGGGACCAAGUCUGGAGGAUCUCUUUGAUCUGUGCGACCGGACAUUCACACUGAAGACAGUGCUAAUGAUUGCCAUUCAGUUGCUGAACCGAAUGGAGUAUGUCCACUCAAAGAGCUUAAUCUACAGAGACGUCAAACCGGAAAACUUUCUAAUUGGAAGGCAAGGCAAUAAAAAGGAACACAUAAUCCAUAUAAUAGACUUUGGUUUAGCCAAGGAGUAUGUUGAUCCUGAUACCAAAAAGCACAUCCCGUACAGGGAACACAAGAGCUUAACGGGCACUGCAAGAUACAUGUCCAUCAACACUCACCUGGGCAAAGAGCAAAGCCGCAGAGAUGACUUGGAGGCUUUAGGACACAUGUUUAUGUAUUUUCUACGAGGCAGUCUCCCCUGGCAGGGAUUAAAGGCAGAAACAUUAAAGGAACGCUACCAGAAAAUUGGGGAUACAAAACGAAACACUCCGAUUGAAGUUCUCUGUGAGAGCUUUCCAGAGGAGAUGGCGACGUACCUCCGCUACGUGAGGAGGUUAGACUUCUUCGAAAAACCAGACUACCAGUAUUUACGCACACUAUUGACAGAUCUUUUUGAAAGAAAGGGCUAUGCUUUUGAUUAUGCAUACGACUGGGUUGGCAGGCAAAUACCCACGCCAGUUGGACCCAGUCAUGGGGAUCAUGGAGUAAGCAGAGAAAGCCACACACACCGAGAAAAAGCCACACAUCAGCAGCCACUCCGAAACCAGGUGGUCAGCUCAACUAAUGGAGAGCUCAACGUCGAUGACCCAACAGCGGCACACUCCAGUGCACCAAUCGCAGCCCAACCAGAGGUGGAACUUUCAGAGGAUACCAAGUGUUGCUGUUUCUUCAAGAGGAAAAGGAAGAAGAAUGCAGAUAGGCACAAAUGACUGCAGCUCUCGAGGGAUGGCGAGGUUCUGCUUGCAUGUUCAACUCCCUUCGUUUUGGAUGAAAAAGCCACGUGACUGGUUGAGAAGCUUCAGACUCUGAUCCUUGUUUUGUAUAAUUAUUAUUUUUUGCCUGUGCCUGCGUGUCCUCUGCUGGGAAAGGAUCCUUUUAUUUUCCUUCAAAACACUCAGGCUCAAUUGCACUUCUUACCAUGAUGACCAAAUUCCCACAAGAGAGAUGGCCAGACAGACGCAGAUGCAAAAGUCCUGGGGCUUUUCACUUUUCCUGGCUGCAGUUUGGGGGUGGUAGGGGUGGGGGAGAGGAGGGGGAAGUGUGGUUUGGAGGGGGGAGGUGGUGAAGAGACUGGGCGAUGGCAGCCCCUCCACACUACCAUAAAUCGCGAUGAACAGCGUGGUGAAAGACUCCCUCUGGGUACAAAUAGACUCUUCAGUGCCGAGCUGCCCACCCAGAGGAACGCGGAGUCAGCCAAACUGACAAGGGCAGAUACAGGCGCAUUUGUCGCAAAAAAAAACAGUGGUUGUUCUAUUUUGUGAUGUAGCAUAUAAGCUGUGAGAAAUUUUAAAAUCUACUGUUUGUCUCUUCCCCCCCAGCCGCCCCCCACCUCGCUAUUCAACCUAUUCUCAACCUUGUUUGCAACUUUUGGGCUUUGGCCAUUGUAAACCGGCUGAAGUAAUUUUUACAAAAAAAGAGAGAUGGGCUCUUUUGCUUUCUUAAGGUGCACUUAAUGUGGUGGGGGGGGUGGGGGGCGGGUGGGUAGGGGGGGUGAUAUGCGCGUGUGUGUGUGAGUGCGCGCGCGUGUAUGAAUGUCUGUCGCUGACAUCCAGAAUCGAUCAAACAGUGUGGAUUGCGAACCCACACUGACUGCUGCAGUAAUUUCCAAGCUGGUACUGCCACUUUUAAAUGUGCUUUUUUUAAGUUUGAAAUGGUUGAUGGUUAUUAUCCAAAGAGCACUGUUUCUGUGGAAACAUUACAAAGUGAAAACAGCAUUAAUUCCCUCCCUGUUCUCCUCCCCAACUCCCUACCCCUCUCCCACCCCCCACUUCUCUCUCUGUCUGUCUGUCUGUCUGUCUCUCUCUCUCUCUCUCUCUCUCUCUCUCUCUCUGUCUCUCCGUUCCCCUAAGAUUUGGCAAGUGGGAUGCCUACAAAUGUCACGCGCAUCUGAUCUAAGAGCUAGGGCGUAUCAGUUGCCAAAAUAAAUAGACAGCAUAUUUAUGUAUGCUUUGGGUAGUUUUCACGGGGCACAAAAGAAAGUAGGUAUGAGCACUGCAUGCGGUGAUGUCUUCCUAAGGGACACACUCUUCUUAAUCUGGACAGGUGGCCUGGAACCUUUUUUCUGACCUGUCUCCCUCGUUGUGUUUGAUGUAGGAUUUGCUCAUCUUCAUAGGGUCCUGGCGAGUGGCAUUCUUUUCAUUACAUGCAAGCAGCAACUUGAAAAGGAUUGAAUUCAUUGGGACUGUAGCAGAUACUCUGUGUUUUGACCAAGUCUGGGGGAGUGUGUGGUGCAGGUAGUGUUUUGUGGUUAGGGGGGUGGGUUUGUUGGGUCAUCAUCGUGGUGGGUGGGUAGGGUUUACAGAGGAUUACCCCUCUAUGAUGUAUUCAGAAAUCAGAUGCUUAAGCAACUCCGUACCUGCUGGCCAGUGACUGCGGAGGUUCCCGCUUAAGGCAGCUGUAUCCUCAGGAAGCUGCAAAGUGCCUGUGGCUUUACUUACCCUCCUUAUGCUGUGGCUGAGCCCCCGAAGGCUGGGCACUGGAGGUGAGCACAUGGAAAUUAACCAUUUUGCCAGAAGUGGUCUCCUAAUUCUCACAUGGGUUAGAUAGCUGGGUUGAGACGAAUUGAGAUGACCGGGGACGUUAGCACUGCUUCCAAGCUACAUGUCUGGACAUAAAAUCAGUGGGUCGUGGCAUGGUUAAGUGACCAGAAUUAAUUGACCAUACCAUAACUAACGGCCGAAGCUGGGUACAAUUCAGUUAAGUUUCUAUAGCAACGUGAACUCAACCAAAGUACUUCCAAAAUGCAGUGAAGCUCAUCCAAGCCUGGAUCAUCCUAUUCAAAUCAUUUGACUGUACACAUCAACUGUAACAUCAUUGAGCCCUGGUUUCUCCCUCUGAAAUCUAUGGAUUGAAGUGAUGCAAUGUCACUGGACAUCCCUGCUCGCUUCAUACAUUCCAAGUGACCCUGAAGAGGUAUCUGUAGGCAAGUCCUUUCUUGAAUGUUUGAAUGUGUCUUAAAGGCUCAUUAUCUGCAGUUACCUUGGUUCGCAACAGGCUGUACACCAGGCACUAGAAAAUCUUUACUCAGGUCUGUCAGUUACUUGAGUGACAAAAUGCUCCUGACCAUCCAGUAGACACUCAAUUGGCUGCUGAUCGUAGUAACCAGCAAAGCACUGGUCAAACACUAUAACAAAUUAAAUGUUCCAGUGCGUGGAAAGGCUGGUGUUGACUUGCCACAUGCACUCCUGAAUCUGUCCAGGAGUUUAGAUAUGGGAAGAUAGAAACAGAGGAAACCUGCUCAGGGUGUCUGGAAGGAAGCAAUCUUCUCUUUCAAGAGUUGCGUAAGUUAUUUGAAUCUCCUUUUGUGGUCUCAUCAUGCAAAAUGUUAACAUUGUUAUCGGUUCAAUAUUCUGCUCUUUUUAAACUCUGAAACAAGCUGCUGGUUUUUAAUUACCAGAUUGUGCAGCAACACUGUUUUAAUUGAUUGUCAAAAUAUAAUUAUUUUAAAUUGUCUCCUCUUCUGGGGGGGUGCAGGGAGGUGGAGAAAUACAACUUCUUGAAGGCUGUAGUCCCAAUUUUCUGAACUAGAUUUUGUUCCUUAAAGUGGUAAAUUUCUCAGGACCGUAACUUAACGCACUUCAGGAUGUUGUCAUUCAAAGGAGGUAUGAAGGCUCCAAGACCUGAGGAGCUAUUAGCAGCCAGUGGAUUGCACUGAAUAUUAACCAAUUAGAAUAUGGAAACCCAGAUCUCAAAACAGUCUGUGUAGACCUUUCCAAUUUGACUUAUCCAGUCCUUUAUCCAGAUAUCCUCUUGCUGCUUUCAGGUUGACUUGUUUGUGUGGAUAACUCCAGAUGAUCUGUUUACUCAAAGUACAAUCUACUCUUGAUUCAAAACUGUGUAACUUGAAUUAUGUUGAUGCAAAUUGUACAUAAUGCAAUUGCCUCUUGUGCAAUUUUAUUUGACUUACUUAAUUCAAACCACCGGUUAAUUGAAACUCUUUCCAAGCAAAGUGCAAACUUGAAUGACCAGAAGUAGACUGUACUUGGAGUGUUCUGGCAUGUACCUCACACUUGUAUUAAUUCUGUUCAUAUUUAACCAUUCUGUGCUGUAACUUUGAAAAAGCUUAAGGUAUUCUGUCAAAGUAGUUGAUAGAGCAGCAGAGAGAGGGGAAAAGACUUACUUGGGGAGCUGAGAAAGACACCACCUCAACAGCAAAAAAAAGCAUUAUACUGACACACCGCAUUUACAGGGCUCUGCUUGUAAUGAAGGGAGAUUGGCGAGUGCUUCCUAAGCCAGUGCUUGAAUUUAAAUUGGUCACAGUCCUUUGCGUGUCUCUGCCAGAUGUGGUGGCUUUGUUGUCCUUACUGAGAGCCCUAGAGCAUGGCUCACUUUGUUAGUGCAGUGCUGGUAAACUCAGAGCAUGUGAUGCCUUUUCAUCUCCUUUGCAACCCAGUCAGAAAAGUUAUAUUUUCCAGGAGGCAGCUCUGCAAGAAUUGAAAAAAGAAACAACGAUUGUACAUUUCAUUAGCUGCAAUUGAUCUUAUAGUUUAUUUUGUCAUUUUGGAGUACUCCUUACUGUCUUAAGAAUUUCAAUCAAAUUUUAUUUUAAAAUGUGUUUUGUGGAAAAUUAUAAUUUGUGUUCUUCCCAAAAACUCAAUGCUUUUAAAGGCUCCUUUAAGGUCCUUCUGUUGUUCCUUUAUUAAAAGGUACAAAGAAGCUGAACAUCUACGACGUUUGGAAAAUAGACUUGGGAAAGAGAUGUAAUGUCUCCUGAUGAACUGCUGGAGGAAAACAUUGUUACAUAUUCUGACAGGCAGAACAACUCAUAAACUACCAUUCCAAAAUAUAGAUGAGUAUCACAUUCCAGUCGUGGAACAUGUUAUGAAAUGGAAAACCCACACAAAAAACAAAUGCUGGGAAUUAUCGCUAAAGGAACAGGUCAGCUCAGUUCCUUGAGGACAACCUUUUGGUGUCUGUCUCAAAUGCUCUUUCCAUCUUAAGUGUUAUGUUUCCUGUUUGGGUUAAUCAUUCCUGAAUGGCCCUGUUGGGAGAGGCUUGGAACUACCUGAGGUAAUACAUAGAUUUUUUUUUACAAAAGACAGUUACGUAGCUGUUGACUGUUGAAGUACAAACCCAUUAUAGACUCCUUAAUAUCUGGUUGUUUGGAACUUCGAUCACUGCUGUCAGAACUCAUACUUGAACAUGAUUUAGCGAUACAGUGGAGCCUAUAAUAUCCAGUCACAUCAGGAGGAAGCCUGCCCUGAAUCUCCUUACAAGGCAGCUUUCAGGUUUAUUAUUUGAAUGAGACAACAUUGCAGGUUUGUCUGACUGUGCAUGUCUUUCUUUCUUUCUUUCUUUCUCUCUCUCUCUCUCCCUCUCUCUCUCCCUCUCUCUCUCUCUCUCUCUCUCUCUCUCAGUGGCUGCUUUGUCAGGAGCAGGUUCCACUAAGUACUGUCCUAACUUUUUCUAAAGGGAUCCAAACCAGUGGGUUUGACCUGGUUGUUUAGGCAGGAAGGCUUUUACUUAAUCAAAGUGACUGGAGGAUUAGGUUUCACUAUCAAUGAGACUUACUUUUAUUCAUUUUGCUCUGUCCUUGAGCGUGUGAGUAAAAGCUGUGUUUUUACUCUUUGUGGUCUUGUAAAUAUAGCACACAUUUGCUUACUGAGCAUGAGUUUCUAAAUAAAAUUCUCAAAAUUCUAGACUGUAAUAAUUACAAAAAACAACAACCAGUUUUGGUUUGUUUUCUUGUUUUACAACUGUUGCUGUUUGUGCUGCAUGUUCGGUAUCCAUGGGGAAGGGUUCUCAGGAGUUGGCCACAGUUUUGUUUUUGUAUAAAAUACAACUGUGGUAAUCAUUCUUUUUAAAAAAAAAAAAAAAAAAAAAAAAUGAAUGGUUAAAUAUGUCUGUCCUUUUUCUUGCCAAAGUAACCUUUUGUUCCUACUUUCUUUUAAAAAUUGAGAAUUAAAUAGUUUUGUUUGUGCAGUCCUGGCACCAGCCUAAGCUUACAUGCUGUCAACAAUUAAGCAUUAUGGUAUGAGAUGGGGAAAUUUCUCUUUCUAAAUUAACUGGACGUGACAGCCCCAAGUAAGGAGCAAACCUUUAUGUUGACAGUCCCAUGAUAGCACACUCUGGGAAACUCCGUCAAGUUUACCACCAAUUUGAUCUUUCUCCUGUUUUCUUUUGAAAGACCUUUUGAUGUGUUGAUGAUUCUGGACUGACUUAUUUCCCUUUCUAAACUUUGUUUCAGCACUCCAAUCCAGAGUGCAUCACAGAUGUAGACCAGUCUUCAAUAGAUUGUUUUGCCUCUUGCCAAGCUCAGAUGGAUGGGUCUGUCCAGUGUCCUGCCAUUUGGACACCACUUCACCAGAACUACCUUCCACCUCGAGGCCUGUCAUCUCCAAGCAGUUAUGGAGUCACUGCCAGCACGAUGUGUUCACUUUGUCCCAAAUCGCCUUCCUAUGAAGAAUCUAUUUCUGCAGAGUGCCUGAUUCAGUGCAUUAACUGAGAUCCAGUUGUCCUGCUGAGAUGUAACAUUGGUUGGGCGGGGGGGAGAGAAGAAAGAGUAAAAUUUUUUGGCUUUAAAGUGAGUGUGAUUGACCAUUACCACAAUAUUUCUUUAAGUAUUUUUGUGCUCAUUAAAGUGCAGGGUGCCAGCACUGGGGAAUAAUGGAGCACUACCCCCCGCCCCCCCACAUAUGUCUGACCCUAGUAGUAGCUCUGAGUCUCUUCAGUUGGGUACCACUUGGGUGGUUAAAAACUGUCUCUCCAGGCCAUUUGCCAGAGAUGCUUUACCCCCAGUCUCAGAAAAUGCUUGCUGACAGUAGGUUUCCUGCCAUUAAACCAUCCCCUGCAACCCCCCCCCUGCCACAACACCACCACCACCUUCCCACCUUGUUCACACAAAAUGGGAAAGCUAAUUUGUGCCAAACUCAGUGGGUUUACAUUCGCUCAUGUUGGGCUUUCAGGCUAUCAGUCCAGACUGGAUUUGAACCAAGCUUGAAGAGAUGAAAGGGCAGCUUCACUGGCCUUCAGGGUAAAAAUGAAUAUCUCCAUUCUCAAUUGACUUGCUUUUUGGAUAUCAGCCAGUGAUGCCUGAACUUGAAAAGGGUGUUUGGCUCCACAUAGAUUGGGCAGCACUCCAUAGCUGUACCCAAUGUCAUGUACCCAAACUUAACUGUUUGGUGAUAUGAGGACAAUUCUCAUUAUUAAAAGUGUAUUAAUAAUUCUGCAUCCAAUUAAAAGCCUCAUUAAGCUAUCAUGGGUCUAUCAAACAACAGUAAAACACAACUGAAUUGAGCACUUUGUCAUGCUGGUCAGAGUGGUGGAGUUACGCUCAUACAGGAUCUUAGCAUCAAGCACAUUACACUUCACUUUCAGCACCACAGUUGACCUGAAGUAAAUUUAGGAGAGUGCAAGUUAAUUAAAUUGGAGUUCUAUUAUCAUCUAGACAUAAGCACAAUUUAAUUCAGGCACUACUUGCUACUGAAAACUUGUAUGUUUAAGAAUCUUAAUAUAAAUAUGCCUGUCAGCCUCCUGCGGCUGGUCCCUAUUGAGCAAAGACUUGGCAAGGGAUUUAUCAUAAAUUGGAAAGCUAUCUUCUGAGGCUCAUUCUUUACAAUGAGCUGUAAUAUCACCUUGAAACCAUAGUUUAGAGUGGUGAUAGACGGUCCUAUAAUUGCUAUCAAGGUUCAACAUGGAAGGUGGCCAGGCAGUAAGAGGGUGGAGCUUUAAGAACAUAGCUCAUGGUAGCCAUCUUUCGUCAACUUUCUGGGUCAAAUUAAUCUGUCUUGAUAUGGGGAGGGGGGGGAGUUGAGCCUUGAAGCACUUGAGGUUCUGUUGUGUCACCUGGUAUUAGCUGAAAUUGUAAUGGUUGCACAACUGGGCUCAGCUACAGGAAUGCAAUGUGCUGCCUGACAGGUGGAGUUACCGUUCACAGGGGGUGCUGGCUGGUUAGUGUACAAUAACGUUGCAGCUACAGAGACUGGGUUAGGAAUCAGAGGUCAUGUGCUGUGAGUGAUACACAUUGCUGUGUUAAACAGAUUGAUUCUGAAUUUUUUUAAAAAUCAUAUGGUUUGUGUUUAAUUUGUGUACAAGUUGCUUUUAGAUGGUGGGCAAGGGGAAGAAAAUCCUGAAACUGGUAACAGAAUAGAAGUUUCUAAAUCCCUGUAGGUUAUGAGCCAGUUUCUAGCAUAUUGGGAGGAUUUGCUGGUUAUACAGCAUGCUCAUCCUCACUUGCAACUAAGUGAGAAUUUGAUGUUCAAUUUCAAAAUGAAAAUAUCUGCACAUCUAAAGAACAGACUUCAAAGAAAUUUUACUUACCCACCAAUUGUCACCAACAACUGAUCCACUAUCCUAGAAUAUAACCACACCUGAGAGAUGUAUCAUUUAUAUGUGGGAUUUGUUUGGAGGACAGGAGAAGGGAUACCUACUACAGUGAAUCCAAGCCAUUCACUUUCCCUUCCAACUUGUAACUGCAAAGAAGUACUCAAAGUCCUUGUGGCAUUUUCCCCACUUCCAGUAAUCUCAAGGUCCUAAACAGAUAGCAUUACACUGUAAUUCAUGUAGAGUUGGGGCCAGGUGCCUGUACAUUAUGCCUGUUGCCAGCCUUUAUUGUAAUGCUACAGGUGUUAGUAGCCCUCUUAGAGCAGACAUUUGAGGACCAUUUCAUCUGGUGGCCUGUUACUGUUGCAAUCCAACACACCAUGCCAUGUCAAAAGAGUUUGAGAAUUUCUCCACUUGUUCAAAGUUUUAAAAAACCCACACCAUGGUCAUGGAGCUAAGCCAGUGAGAUAAAUGUGUUUCUCUUCACAGCAUUCAUGCAUUGUGUUGAUCUUCCAAUAAAGCACACUUAGAUUCUUCAUUCUGUGGGACUUGGGUAAGAAGUUCAACAUAAAGUUGCAUGUAUCAAGUACAAGAGUUUUUAGUACAGCUGGUUGUGGGGAUGACUUGGAGCCUUUGUUUUGCUCCGCCAAGGGCUGGUGACAUUUCUGAAAGAAUCAGGACUUUGCAGGUUAGAAUCCCAUUGCUCCUUGUAUCUCAGAGCGGACUUUAGAAAUGUUGCUUCUAAGCUCAGCAGAGGCAGCUUCACAGAUUUUGUGUAGGAUAUAUGAGUGGGGAAGGGAAAAUAAAGAGCAGCCUCCUCAACUCCACUUUCCCACUCCCACUCCAAAUUCAAUCCUCACAAAAGUUGGUCAGUUAUCUGGAGUGCUGAGUGAAGUGUGACAUUGAAGGACCUUCAAGUCCGCGCUCUAUUUGCAUCUGCCAUACUUGCCAGAAGUUGGAGGUUGCACCUACAUAGACCUUUCAGUAUUACUGAGCUGUGGAUGAAAUAAUUCUACAUAAAACAGAAAAGGCUGGAAAUAUUCAGGUUGGGAAGUGUCUACGCAGUGAGAGAGACAGACACCCAGAGCAAACAUUUCUGUUGAUGGAAGGUUAAAUGUUAAUUCUUGGUUCUUUUUCCAUGGAAGCUGCCUGACUUGCUGACUGUUUCUGUUUUUAUUUUUAUUUCUUAUUUUUCCAGCAUCUACAAUAUUUUGCUUUUGUGACAAUUCUGCCUGAUGACAUUUGGUGCUGCAUUGCAUUUCUGUACGUGGCUUCCCAUUCAGCAUUGUCAGUAAUCUCCACCGCCCCCCCAACCUCCAACCCCCUCCCAGAAAAAGAUCUGGUGUGGAUCCAUAGCCCGUUUACAGUGUGUUUCUGGAUUGGCAUUUGCAAAAGGACACAUUCAUUGAUCAGUCUCCUAUUGCAUCUAUCUCUAGAGUUGUAUUUGUGAUGGAGAUGUUUGUUUAGCUGGGAUUCGCAUCCAAGAGUUUUUGUUGUUCUACAGCUGAUGGAAAAUCAUUUUCUCUGAUUUUAAUUUAUAAUGGUCAAUUGACACUGUCUUUGUUUGGUACUGUGAUAUAAAGUGAAGGCCAGUGCUCAACUGGGCCCAGCUUUGCCAGCCCAAUAUCUUUGUAUUUGUUUUCUUUCCCCCUUUUAAUCAGUUUGGAUAGGGUCUUCUGUGUGUUUGGAAGUAGAAACUGCAGGAUUGCACAGUCUUAUCAUUGUACUGUAGAAAUGUUGCAUUGUAAAAUUCCAAUUAAAACUGACAUUCUUUCUA